AAUAAAGAAAAAUAAUAAAUGUAACGAAAACAAUAUUGGUAUUGCUGAAAUUCAAAAUUGUCAAUCUGAAUUAUUCAGAAAAUAUGAAUUAGACUUUACAUCCUAUAAUUAUGAAUGUAGAAGCCUUCUAGAAGGAAAUUUCUUCAAAAUGAAGAUGGCUUCCAAAGACAAACUACCACUAUGUACAAAAGGUAUGGAAUGGGACAGUGGUACUCAUGUUUGUACAAAAACUAAAUGUUAUUGCAUACCUGGUUAUAAAGGAAAACAUUGUGAAGAAGAUUGUUCACAUAAAAAAAGUUGGGGUCAUCAAUGUGAAACACCUUGUGGACAUUGCAAAGAGACAUGCAAUCGUUCCAAUGGAAAAUGCGAAGAAUGUGACGAAUAUUAUGUUGGAGAAAAGUGCAAUGUAAAUGCCGACAUUGAAGCAAGCGUUUAUCUACACAAUGAAUCGGCUAUAUGGAUUAAAUGGAAAAGUGAAAACAUGACAAGGGAUCCUAUAUUUGUUUACGAAAAUGAGAAAAAUGCAACCAUUUUCCCAACUGAAAAAUGCAUAUGGCGGCAAUAUAAGUGUUUACUGAUUAAAUUAAGUCAAAAUCUUACUAAAAGUAUAAUAAAGAUAUCUUAUGAACAAGAUAAUAUAUUUUACCCAGUUACUAAAAUUAAUUGCACGACAAAAAAAGAAAGUGAACCACCCUUAAAUGUAUACGUAUUGAAAAAACAAACCGAAAAUACAAUAAAUGCAAGUUAUAUUAUAAAAUGGACUCAUCCAGAUGUAAUUAACACAGCCCUAGAAAAAUAUGAAAUUCACUUUAAUGUGUUGGAUAGUGCUUUUAAUUUUCAAAAUUUUGCUAUGACAUUUGAUUACACUGAAGAAUUACAUUACGAAAAAGAAGUGUCUCUACCUUUUGCUACAGAAUUUAAAAUAUCCAUUAGAGGGUUACACUUAAAUCGAGCAUUAAAUGGAGAACGGUCAUUACCACCCAUAAUAUUUAAAACUGAAACACCUAAACCAAAAAUGGUUUCAACAAAUUUCAGUAUAGUUGAUAAACAUGAAGUCAUUACAUUGAAUUUAAUAAAUGUAUUCAAAAACAGCACAAUCCUAUUAGUUGACUUAUCAAAAGGAAAAACGACCAUGAAUAAAUAUAAGCAAUAUUUUCCUGAAGAUUAUAAUAUCAUAUCUAACUGGACUGUAAGCCCAAAUAUAGGAUUUAAGAAUGGAAACAAUAUCCAAGAAUUAAAUUUAACAAGACCGAUAGAUAAAGAAUCUAAAGAUAUGAUCAAAUGUUUUUUAAUUAUCAACGAUGAGAAACAUUUUUUAAAAAAAGUCUUUAUGCCUGAAAAUAAACAGAUUACUGUUAAUAAUAAUAAUAAUAAUAAUUAUGUUAUAUUGACGCUUUGUGUAUUUGCGUUACUUAUUAUUUUAUUUGGAUUGAUUUUUAUCGUUUGUAGGGACCCAAGAAAAGUAAAUGCAAUGGUUAGAAAAUUCAAACAAAAAUAUUCUUCAGCGGAUACAGAUAUAGAAUUUAUAGAAUAUGAAAAUUUGCCAAAAAUAAGUUAUACCAUUGAUGUGGAUAGAUUCAAAGAAUUCAUUUUGGAAAGUUUGGGAACUGACGGCAUUGAACAUCUUUAUAAUGGAGUCCCCAAACGACUUAAUAAAAUGUCAGUGGAUCAAGGAAACUUGAACAAAACUAAAAAUAGAUAUACCAAUGUUUUGCCAUAUGACUCCACCAGAGUUAUUCUGAAGUAUAAAAAGAAUGACGAUGACUAUAUAAAUGCAUGUUACGUCGAUGGAUAUAAAUGUAAAAAAGCAUACAUUGCCACUCAAGGCCCAAAGAAAAAUACAAUUUAUGACUUUUUGUCAAUGGUUUUACAAGAAAAUGUUAAAUACAUAUUUAUGGUUGUGAAAACGAUAGAGAAUAAUAAGAAAAAAUGUGAACAGUAUUGGUCAGACAGUAACGAAAUCAGUUUUGGAGAUAUAACCGUUAAAACCGAAAACACCAUUGCCCAAACUCACUAUGUAACUAGGGAGCUCAACAUAACUACACAAGAAAAGAAAGUCAAAGUCGUACAAUAUCAAUUUACUUCCUGGCCUGACCACAGUGUGAUUAGAAAUACAUUUGCAUUUAUUCCUUACAUAAAAAAAAUCGUUUCUAUACCGCAAGCGGAGUUCCCAAUUGUGGUUCAUUGCAGUGCUGGUGUUGGAAGAACAGGAUCCCUUAUUUUAUGCGACUAUGCAAUAAGAAUGGCAAAAAAGGAAAAAAGAAUUAAUUUUAGUGAAAUUUUAUACAGAAUUCGCACGCAGAGAAUGCAUUUGGUUGAUUGCAAGGAACAAUUUCAGUUUUGCAUUUUUGCAGUAUUCGAAUACUUGCAUCACCAAGACUUUUCCGUGGCAGUAAAUGACAAGGUUUUGUUUGAUUCGAAGCUAAACAAACAUUUUAACUCAAAAGUUACCAACAAAAUUAUGAACCAUAUAAAUGAGCUAAAAUGGAUGGAUAGCAUAGGUUCUGAAAAUGAGGAUGUUAUAAUGGAGAAUGAAUGCAAAAAUAGGGUUGCAAAUAUAAGACCCGUUUUGUCGAGAUUUUAUUUGCAGCGAUACCCAGUCAAUAACCCAAAUUCGGAUUAUAUAAACGCCAUUUUUGUGGACUGUUAUGAAAUGGAAGACAGGUAUAUUGUAACUCAACAGCCUUUAUAUAACACACAAGGUGAUUUUUGGCGUUUAGUUGACGAAGCAGGGGUUCGUUUUAUUGUAUCGUUAAAUACGUUUGAAACAGGCGCAAACCAAAUAUGGCCAAACGAAAAUCAAAUAUUAAAACCCGUUGAUUAUUUAGUUGUAGAGCCCCUUAAAAUGGGAAAUUUUGAUUACGUAGAUCAGAUUGAAGUAACCCUCAUCAAUCGCCAAAAGAAAACAUCGACAGAAAUUGUAAUUAUCCAAGUACACGAUUGGCAACCUAAUAUGUUAUACCCCAAAAGUGACCGGGGUAUUUUGAGUGCUUGGGAGUUAGUCCAACAUCAAAGUAAUAUCAUGGUUGUGUGCAAUGAUGGUUGUACGGCAUCAGGUGUAUUUUUAAGUUUUGCAGUUUCAACUGAACAAAUAAAGACUGAAAGUGUUUAUGACGUUGUCAGCGCCAUUCGAAUUAUCAGAAGCAGUCGUCCUGAAUUUAUCGUUGAUGUUGAACAGCUCAGUUUUGUAAACAAUUGUAUUUCGAGUUACGUUAAAAAUUCGGAGACCUAUUGUAACUUUUAAUUAAAAAAACUUGUUUUAGUUGUACUUAUUUAAAAUGUGUUAAUUAAGAAAUAAUUUUGCCAUAUUAAACUACUCUAAACUAAUAAUUAAAUGACAAAAGAUAAAGAAUAACAUAUGAAAACUAAAAUAAAAAGUUUUCCCCCGUAAUUUAAAAAACCGAGGGUGUCCCGAAAAUAGUGUGCAAUACUCUUCACGUGGUUUCUAAAGACAAAAAUAGGUAGAAAAAUUCUUAUAAACGUAGGUCCUAAGGGAUCUACAGCCUCUUAAAGGGGCGCCCUUAAAUAUGGUUUUUUAUUAUUAUUUCCAAAACGGUUUGAGAUAAAAUAAUGAAAUUUUGUUUGCUUGCUAAACUUUUUAUGCUAAAUUUAAAAAUAAAAAAAAAUAUUUUUUUAUUUUGGAAUGUAACAGUGGCGGCCCAAGGUAUUUUAGCCCUAACUUUUUGUAUUUUUGUUUCUACUUAAAAAAGGUUGUUGAACAUAAAAAAUGCACCAUUUUCUAAAAAAAUAUAUAUUUUAAUGUAAUAU